CGGACUUCCGCCGUCCCAAUUCCAGAUGGAAUCUGACAUUCCGGUCACUCUGGGCUCUGGGUACAGAACCCAGAAUGCGAGCCGGAUCCAUCUCGGACGAGGUCUGGUAGGGACGCCGCCGGCAAUAUUGUUGCGCUUCCAGGUUCCGGCCGCGGUUGGGUUGGGGGCGGCCUGCCUUUCGGCGGAGGGGGAAAGGCGAUCCGUCGGAGGGUUCAUUGGAGGUGGCUCAUCAUCUGGCUGGGAUCUAUGGCCGAAUGGAAGAGGCGGCGGCGGCGAACUGCGUGAUGGGGUGCAUACACACCGACCUCCUGCAGGACACCGCUGCGUUGCUCUGGACGCGCAUCCUCCUCCGCCCCACUGCCGACCCGGCCGGCGCACGACGCAACGCCGAGGCAUUCAGUGGCAGCAGGAAUCCAUCCACUGCAUCCCCGGCAAACCUCCCUGUGCUCCAUUGCGCAGGCGUCGUCCGGGUGUCCGUCAAGGGCGAGUUUUCUGCGACUGGCCUAUGGGGACAUAAAGUAGUACUGGAGAUUUGGUGGUUCUUUUUUCGGAUUUUCACCUGCACCAGCAAUGUAGCGGAGAGACUCAGAAUCUUGGAGGCAGUCCCGGUCUCUGACUGGAGGUUUGGCAGCAAGCCACCAUAUCUCCAGUACUACUUUAUGUCACCAUGGACUCGAGUAUCGCUGCUCGGGAUCCAACUCAUUCUGCUGGUUUUCUUCAUCAACGGCAGCCUCCUCGUCCUCCCCGCCGCGUCAGCCUACUACAAUGCAUCUGCGCCUGCGGCUGCGAGAGUAUACCUCCCCUUUGGUAAAUCGGGAAUAUACAUCUCCCCUGGUAAAUCGGGAAACUUAAACGUGUUCGGUGGACCACGAACCGCUACUCCACAUCCUCACGCUAACCAACCGGAGCGGAUUCCUCGGCGCAGAGAGCGCAAACACUAGGCGCCUGAGAGGUGCACGUGCAGCGAGACAACGGGGGAUGAACACAUGUAGUAGCUUUGAUAGGGAAUCAAAUAACCUUGCGUGGUUGGGCCAAUGGGCGCGUUACUUGUAUUUGUGAUGCAUAUGCAGCUUGUUAAACAAGUUUGUGUGCAACUUGCAAUUUCUGUUUCCUUGUCCUUCGAGGGACUCGCUAAUGUUAUACGUACUCGAUCGACAAUUGGUAUCUCCUUUGUACUCCAUUAUUGAAACCGCUCGUAUGUGGAAAGGUUAUUGAAACAAUUUGAUCGAUUGGGCCAACAAAGGUGGCUAGUUGCUU